UAUUUUUUUUUUUAUGCGCCGGGUUGCAGAUGGUCUUAAAAGCCCUCAUUUACAAAACUGGAUUUUGUGAAAACUUAGCGUUUGAUGCAGAAAGAGUAAGGAUGUUGAAGUUCCUGUCGAAGGUGAGGAUCGAAUUCAACGCACUGGACCCGCGAUUAGCGUCGUGUAUGGAGUUCCUGGCGCAGUGCAAUGCGCGCAAGGCCAAGGAAUCAAACCCUAGCUGCCAGAUUCAAGUCAAGCGCCGCACCGACGAUUUCCCGCCCAAGAUCACCGUCACGUUCGUCAAUGGCGUCGAGGAGAGUUUCGACGCGACCUCCACUGCGGCCCAGCAUAUCCGCCAAUUAAUUCUUCAGAAGGGUCAGAGUCUCGAGACUGAACAAAUGUUCCGCGAAGCUGGUGAGAAGUGGCCCGUCAACAUCCCCGAAGAAGAACUGCGGCAGCCAUUUACUGGAAUCAAGCCCCGGAAAGCAGAGGAAAAGCCACAGUGAAUUUCACAGGUGCAUUUCUUGAAUUUCAUGGCGCGUUCGUUUGGUCGCAGGUUCUUUCUAACAUGUAAGAGCUCCAUACUUGUGUUAAUUUGCAUCUUAUUUGUAGGAUGUUAGGAUCUGCAAUGACAUAAAAAUGGAGUCUUUUCCAGUGCUACCUAUUUACUAUUCCUUAUUACAUGCUUUCUUUUUACCAGUUUGUUGAUUUAUUGAAUAUGAACAGCUUCUGUAACUGUCCUGAGCCAAAUAAUUUAAGUGGAGAACUAAUCUCUUUUUAUC